AUGGAUCUGCUAGUGCAGCUGGAUGCUGCAGUCUUGAGUCGGAUUCUGUCAUCGCUGCCCCAAAGGAAGGCACUUGCUUUAACAAUUCUCGCACAAGACUGGCUGCGACUAGUAGCAGCUCAUCUUUGGCGCUUGGUCGUCAGCCCAGACCUUUCGCCGGGCCUGGCGCGAACUGCUGCCACUCACUGCGUUCGGCUGCGUGAAGUUGUGUUUCAGUCCAGCAGUCAAGGUUCAACCGAGCAGGAAGCCAGAGCAUUUUGGCUGCUUGCUGCUGGGAUAUGGCGAAGCUUGCUGACGGCUCCGAUUGCUCCUUUGAAGCAGCUCACUGUUCGAGGGUCAGGCGUGGCACCUGGGAAGAGUGCGGUUCCCUUCCUGGCUGAGCUACCGAAGUCAGCUGACGACUGCAUGUGCCUCCGGGACUUUCAUGUGGAAAACAUGAUGGACGCCGACGAGGGCAUCAUCGCAUUCCUGCUCGAAUUUCUGCCACCUUUGCCGCUCACGUCGUUAAGACUUCGAAACUGCACCUUAAAAAGUUCGGAAAUUAUUGACUUGUGCCGUGCGCUGCAAAUGGCACCAAUGCUUAACUCCCUUUCGGAUCUCGACCUUUCGCAGAAUGCAAUGUCUGAGGAAGGGGCAGGUGCACUGGCUCAGCUGCUGCCGGUUUCAGGACUCCGCAGCCUGGCACUCUCUGGGAACGGACUUGGGCCUGUGGGCUUAGCAGCGCUUGCGACUGCACUUCCGCCAUCGCUCAAGCAUUUGGACUUGUCUCUGAAUGGACUCGGUACAGUGGGGCUUUCAGCCCUGCAGCAAUCGAAUCUACGGCUGGAGUCGCUGAACAUACGGGGCAAUUGGUUGGGAGCCAGCGACACUGAAGUGCUGCCACGCCUUUUGCGGUCGAUGAGCGACAGUAUUUCAAGUUUGGACGAAAUCGGCGCAGCGAUGGUUGCAGCCACAGCUGUGCCGUUGGCCCUGAACUGGACAGAUGUCAUCAAGACCCGAAUGCAAGGCAUCCCGUCUCCAGCUUGCACAGUGCCAGCUUACACGGGCGGCUUUCUCACUGUCGCGCAGCGGGUUCUCGCAGAGGAAGGAUUGCUAGCGCUGUGGUCCACCGGCAUGCUGGCGUCCUUAGGACGUGAGUGCACCGUGGUUGGUACACGCAUCGGGGCAUAUCCAGCAGUUAGAGACGGCCUCUCCAUGGUUGCGAAGGGGAAGAGUGGUGGGGAGGCGGGCCUGGGCAGCAAGUUCAGUGCCGGUGUGGUACUUGGGGCUUUAUCUGGCCUGCUCGCUUCGCCCUUCGAUUUGGUGCGGAUAAGGGUCCAAGCCGAAGCCGGCAGAUGCGAUAGCGGAAUCCUUACGACGGGACUCUGUGCCGGACAGCCUCAACGAAUUCGCGGUACGGUCUCGGGUUUCAAAGCUGUGUUGAGCAACGGUGUCCUCAACAUCUUCAGAGGCUCGGGCAUCAAUGUCGUUCGCAGCGUGUGCAUGACUGUUGGCACCGUGCCGGUCUACGAGCACAGCAAGCACCUGGCCAAGUCGCAGGGAGUGGCAGACUCUCCUGCGCUUCAUCUCGGCGCGGGAGUAGUGGCAGGACUUGCUGGAACCACGGUUACGGCUCCUGCAGAUGUUGUGCGGACGCGGAUCAUGCAGGAAGGCGGUGCCAGCCGGACCCAUAUCAUCUCGGCAGUUUCUGCCAUCGCACGUGAUCGUGGCCUUGCCGGCUUUUUUCGAGGAUGGCUCCCAGCCUAUAUGAGAGUGGGACCGCUGUUCCUUUUGAUGCCUGCAUUGGUGGAGCAAGUCCGCAAACUCUUUGGUCUGGACUUCAUCGUUUGCAGCAACAAGCCUGCAGCUCAUGGGGAGCAAGACGAGAAGCCGUCGACUCUUCGUACAGUCCUCACAGGGCGUUUGGCCCUUGAGCAGCUUUCAACUUACAUCGGCGCUGAGAGCCGGGAGCCUGCCCUGCCCUGCCCUGAUGGCGGAUGCCAGCUCUUUUGGCAGAACAAACUCGGCCCUGCCGGAGUCAAAGACUUUCUGGAUCAACUCCCGCCCCUACCGAAGCUGAACGUGCUGAGCCUGGCGGAGAACCAGUUCGCAACUGCGGACUUCUCGCCGAGCUCCUUCAGACAGCUUGCGACAUCUGCACCAGGCCUCUCAGAGCUCAACUUGAAUGCAAACUUGCUUGGCAGCGACCAAGCAAUGCUCUGCUCUGUUUGUGCAGCUUUGCCGUCAACACUGCGUGUUCUACAUUUGGGUGCUUCCUCGCUAGUUGGUUCGAACCUUGCGGUCAUGCUACCUGUCCUCAACCUCCCUUGCUUGGAAUGCUUGAGUCUCGUGCAAGCAAGAUUGGACGACAGAGGCACAGCCAUGUUGGCAGAGUGGCUUCAGGAAAAGCCUUUACCGAAGCUGCAGCAGAUGGACAUCAGCGGGAACCGCUUAACACGUGAAGCCAUCACUCAGCUGAAAAACGCUUUGCACACGAUUGCAGGCUUCAAGCAGCUGAAAGCCGGUUGGUCACCAACGUGCCAGGGCAAAGAAGGCGGUCGCAAGCUGGUGCUGGAACUCGAGAAGACGAUGGGUGGCUUCUUGCCCGGUUCUGAGGAGAGCAGACAGUGGUUGUGCUUCGCCUCGCUCUGGCAGCUCAACUUGGUUGUCGUGCGAGCCUGGCGAGACUCUCGCUCGCAUGGCCAAGGUGGCAGAAGCUGCUAA